AUGUCCGUAAUCCUUCCCUCCUCGACAUCAGACGCCCACACAAAACCCCCAUUCAUCAUCGUAAGCGGCAUUCCCAAUUUCCGAGAUGUCGGUGGCUACCCGAUCUCCUCUCCAGCCGACCACUCCAUCCGCAGAGAGGUCAUCUACCGCUGCGCAGACCCGUUCAAAGUAACCGAGGCUGGCCUCUCUACUAUCCGAAAAUUGGGUAUCACGCACAUCUAUGAUUUAAGGUCGAACAAGGAGAUUGAGAGGAAUCGGGUGGCGGGGGUGGGCGGGAAUGUGGAGUGGGAGGGAUGUGAGAGGGUUUCUGUGCCGGUGUUUGAGGGUCAGAGUUUUAGUCCUGAGGCACUGCCUGGGAGGUGUAAAGAUUACGCUAGCGGGAGUGCUGAGGGGUUCACACGUGCCUACGGUGAGAUUCUGAACGGUGCACCGAAGUCGUAUAGGACUAUCUUGUUGCAUCUUGCGUAUGAGCCUGAGAAACCUCUCCUUGUUCAUUGUACGGCUGGAAAGGAUAGAACGGGCGUUUUCUGUGCUUUAGUCCUGUCGCUCUGCGGAGUUGACGAUGAGCUCGUGGCCUAUGAGUACAGUUUAACGGAUUUGGGUUUAACGAAGGAGUGGAAGGAGGCUGCAACCGCCCAUUUGAUGGGGAAUACUGCUCUGAAUGUUGAAGAGGCAAAGAAUGUGUUAUCGUCAAAAGCUGAGAAUAUGAUAUCGACUCUGAAGAUGAUAAGAGAGAAGUUUGGAGGCCCUGAAAGCUACGUUAUGGAGAUGUGUGGUUUGACGAGGGAAGAGGUUGAAAAAAUAAAAAAGAAUCUCAUCGUGGAGGAGCCGGCUGUGCAUUUAAGGGCACAGUCUAUAGACAAUGCGGGGAAUACAUCACCGCCGCAACACAACAGCGUCCACCUCCCGCUGGGUUCCUACCUCAUUGAGUUUAACGAGACUGUCUCCGUUCUGGACGUCAAGGGCCUGCUGUUUGUGCAUAGCUCUCUAUCCAGGUACGGAGCGCUGCUAGCUGGAUCUUCGUCACGAUCUUUCUCUACAUCACAACGACAUGAGCAACGAAUGACGCGGGCUCGACGUGGCCUAUUCCGCUGGCUGGGAACACAAGGCGCGAAUUUCUUGAACCCGCUGAAAAACUCGACGAACUAUAUGGGCGCAUACAAUGCCCAGGGUCAAUUGAAACGUGUGGUCGAGGCCCAGGCUGAGAAGCAGAAAGAAAAGGAAGAUGAGGAAGCCAGAGCUGUCAAGGAUGGUAAGCCUAUCCUCACCGAGGCUCAGGAGGCUCCGGAGGGCGAAGACAAAAAGACCACGGCGGCGUUACCACCGGAGACCAGCAGAGAUUUGAUACCAUACCCGUGGAACCGGAGUUUCGUCAGCCAGCCUGUGCUAGGUGGAAUGGUGAAAGAGGUGAUCUGGUUUCGCAUAAUGCACGAGGGUAAGACUGUCCGAGAGGUCAGCGCCGAGUUUGGUGUUGAGAUGAGCCGUGUGGGAGCUGUUGUCCGACUGAAGGAGAUUGAGAAAGAAUGGGAAAGAAUAGGCAAACCUCUCGCCAAUGCAUACGAUCAUGCAAUAGCGAAAAUGCUGCCGAAAACCCUCCUAGCUGGUCAGGGCGAGAAGAUCAAUAAACACGAGACUAUUAACGACUUGCCGGUACACAGAGCGACCGGGCAACAGAUAUUCCACCCUACCUCCGAGUCGAGGCACUUCACUCGUGCAGAUGCAGCCAAGGUCUUCGAUAAGAAGCUGCUGCCGGCCGACGACCGAGUUCCACAUCCCGAACUCGCGAUCAUUCAAAAGGAGUUCCUUCAGGAGCUUACGCGUGAGGAGCGAGAAGUGAACGCGAAGGCCAGGAAAGAAGCAGAGAUCAAGAAGAUGGCGACUGCUGCUGCUCACAAGGCCAAGAAGGCAGCCGCCGUCAAGAAGGUUGACACUGGGAGAUGGGAAUUCCACUUCACUGAGGUCAAUGUUGACGAGGCUGGCAAGACCGGAAGAGGCCACAAGGCUACGGGCUGGAGAUAUGGAGUCCCAUUGAUGGACAGGAGUCGCGGACAGAUCAAGAUACCCACCAGUGUCCAAUGA